CCCUCGUCACUUCCCACACUCUCCAUUUUAUCAUCACUUCCUCUUCCAAGGGAGAGUGCCUUCUUCCUCUUACUCUUUACCCUUUCUCUUGUAGCCAUGUCUCUUUUGGUCGAGAAAACCUCAAGCGGCCGUGAGUACAAGGUCAAGGACAUGUCUCAGGCCGACUUCGGUCGUCUCGAGAUUGAGUUGGCCGAGGUCGAAAUGCCCGGUCUCAUGGCUUGCAGAACCGAAUUCGGCCCUUCCCAACCUUUCAAAGGAGCCAAAAUCACCGGUUCCCUCCACAUGACCAUCCAAACCGCUGUUCUCAUCGAAACGCUCACCGCCCUCGGAGCCGAAGUCCGUUGGUGCUCAUGCAACAUUUUCUCAACCCAAGACCACGCCGCCGCCGCCAUCGCACGUGACUCCGCUGCCGUAUUCGCCUGGAAAGGUGAGACCCUCCAGGAGUACUGGUGGUGUACCGAGAGAGCCCUUGACUGGGGUCCCACUGGUGGACCCGAUCUGAUCGUCGAUGAUGGUGGGGAUGCUACUUUGUUGAUCCACGAAGGAGUUAAAGCCGAGGAGGUUUAUGAGAAAACUGGGCAGGUCCCGGAUCCGGCUUCGACAGAUAACGCUGAGUUCCAAAUUGUUUUGACGAUAAUCAGAGAUGGGUUGAAGACAGAUCCCAAGAAGUAUACCAGGAUGAAGGAUAGAUUGGUUGGUGUUUCUGAGGAAACUACAACUGGAGUUAAGAGGCUUUAUCAGAUGCAGGCCAAUGGAUCCUUGUUGUUCCCUGCUAUUAAUGUCAAUGACUCUGUCACCAAGAGCAAGUUUGAUAACUUGUAUGGGUGCCGUCACUCUCUUCCUGAUGGUUUGAUGAGAGCAACUGAUGUCAUGAUUGCUGGGAAGGUUGCUGUUGUCUGUGGUUAUGGUGAUGUUGGCAAGGGCUGCGCUGCUGCCUUGAAACAAGCUGGUGCUCGCGUCAUUGUCACUGAGAUUGAUCCCAUUUGUGCACUUCAGGCUCUUAUGGAAGGACUUCAGGUUCUGACUCUUGAGGAUGUUGUCUCCGAUGCUGAUAUCUUUGUCACCACCACUGGUAACAAAGACAUCAUCAUGGUUGAUCACAUGAGGAAGAUGAAGAACAAUGCCAUUGUUUGCAACAUUGGUCACUUUGACAAUGAAAUCGAUAUGUGUGGUCUGGAGAACUAUCCUGGUGUCAAGCGCAUCACCAUCAAGCCUCAAACUGAUAGGUGGGUCUUCCCUGAUACCAACUCAGGCAUCAUUGUAUUGGCUGAGGGGCGUCUCAUGAACUUGGGCUGUGCCACUGGCCAUCCCAGUUUUGUUAUGUCCUGCUCAUUCACAAACCAGGUGAUUGCCCAGCUUGAGCUGUGGAAUGAGAAGGCAACUGGCAAGUAUGAGAAAAAGGUGUAUGUUUUGCCCAAGCACCUUGAUGAGAAGGUUGCUGCUCUUCACCUUCCCAAGCUUGGAGCUAGGCUCACCAAGCUCAGCAAGGAACAAGCUGAUUACAUUAGCGUGCCCGUUGAGGGUCCUUACAAGCCUGCUCACUACAGGUACUGAGGAGAGAGUUUGACGAGAAAAAAAAUACAUCCGGAUGGUUUGAAAUUGUUUCUUUUACUACAAUUUUAUCGAUGAUUUGUGGUUAGAUUGUUAGGUUUUGAUUUUGGUAGGAGUUUUGUGUGGGUGGUUGGAAAGUUUUUGGGGGAAAAGAAAUGGAUUGGUCUCUCGAUGAAGAAGACUAGACGGGUUUGAAUAAGGUGUUGGGGCUGUGUGGGAGAUAAUAUUGCCGCUGAUGCAGUCCAGUUUUGCUGCAUCUGGUUAUCAAAUUAAUUAUCAAAAA